GGCACUUGAUGCGUUAUUUGCAAAAAAUGAAAACAGGCGUAUGCCUACUAAAGAAAAGGAAUAUGUCAAGCUUAUUGCAAAAGCAUCUAUUGAAGAAAUGCAAAAAUACGAUGUUUUACUUUGCACUACAGCAGUUGGUGCAAAUCCAAAAUUAAUUAAAGCAUCAGACGUGUCUCAGAUCAUUAUUGAUGAAGCUGACAUGUGUCCAAAACCACACUGCCUUGUUCCUAUCAUUGCUACAAAUCCGAAACAGGUCGUUCUGAUUGGGGAUCACAAACAGCUUAGACCAAUCAUUAUGUGUAUAGAGGCGGCAGAACUCGGACUAGACAAGUCAUUGUUUGAGAGCUAUGCGCACAAUCAUUCGUCAACGGAUGCUUCAUUCGUUAUGCUAAACGAACAGUACCGGAUGGUAUGUUUAGCUGUAAUUUAUAAUGCUACAAAAAAGAUGAUAUGAUCAUAUAUAGUUUUAUAUAUAU